AUGGCUGAUGAAAUUGUAUCAGCAAUGGAAAUGGUGGAAGAACAGGCUAUAAAGUGCCCAAGGCCUUCAGCAAAGAGGCAAAGGAAAGGAUCUCCUGACGCCCGAGAAGAAACAGAUAAAGAACGUGUAGACGAUAGUCUUCUGCAAGAUGCACGUAGAAUCAAAGAAAAUAUCAGGGUCUACAUGAACGCAACAGACAGGAACGUGAGUGCGAAGGUACAAAAGCAUGUUAAUGGGAAAAUUCAACAGUUAAUAGAUAUAAUGGAGACAAUAUAUGAUAAAAACUAUGAAAAAACGGUUUUAGUACAACGUGUGGUAAAGGACACAUUAGCAUCCUCUGAAAUGUAUGAUAUCAUAGUAAAUGCAUUAGUGGAAAAAGCAGUACCUAUGGUUAUCGAGGGAAUCAAGAGAGAAAGUAAAACCAUUCAAAGACCACUGUCAGAACCUCAGACAUCUCGGGAGUUUCCAUGCAUUAAAGAACAACCGCUACUAGCCGAUGCCCUUCUUGAGAACACGGAGAAUGAAAGUUUCCAGGAAGUAAAGAAAAAGCAAAGAAGGAAAAAGGCUCUUCCACAAGUGGGCAAAGAUAUCGAGGCCUCUAAACCUAUAGCAGAGGAAAGUUUGACUAAGAAAAGGUCUACACAUCAGACUUCGAUGGCCGAUAUUGUUAAAGAGCUUCCAUUAAAACCGAUGGAUACUACAAGACCAACUUAUGUUACCAUCGCUUCUCAAGGUAAAAGUGCAGUUGACAUCAUCAACAACCUGCCUUCUCCAACUGAACUAGGAAUCAAGGCGAGAGUUGUACGGGCUACCAAAGCUGGCUCAGUUUUAGUUUGUGUAGAUGAAGGUGCCCAUGCGAAAAAAAAUAAUUGA